AUGAGCUUGCAGAUGACUCCCCAGAAUGCCUUGCUUUCAAACUCAGCGCAGAUAGGAAUUUUGGCUUCCAUACUUCUCCUCAUUAUUUGCUGGCUCAUCCGAGACAGUCUUAAAGUGAAAGACCUGAAUGGAAAGCACGUCUUCAUAACUGGAUGUGACAGUGGAUUUGGAAACUUGCUGGCUAAACAGCUUGACCGAAGGGGAUUCCAUGUCAUUGCUGCGUGUCUAACAGAAAAUGGAAGCCGAGAACUACUAGCCUGCACAUCCAUCUCACUGAAGACUGUGAUACUAAACUUAACUGACUCCAGCAGCAUUGACAAUGCAGUGGAGUUUGUGAAACAAGAGACAGAUGGGGAGGGCCUCUUUGGUUUGGUAAAUAAUGCUGGAAGAGCAACGCCGAUGGCGCCUACCGACUGGAUGCAGAUAGAUGAUUUCCACACAAUUAUGGAUGUUAAUCUGAUGGGGUUGAUUGAAAUCACCCUGAAGCUUCUCCCGCUUUUGAAGAAGGCUAAAGGAAGAGUAGUCAACAUUGCCAGUGUUUUGGGUCGCUUGGCGUUUUUAGGUGGUGGCUACUGUUUGUCAAAGUGGGGCGUGGAAGCUUUCUCGGACAUUUUACGGAGAGACAUGCAGCAUUUUGGAGUGAAGGUGAGCAUAAUUGAGCCGGGAUGCUUUAAGACUGCAGUAACUAACUCAGAGGUCAUUGAGAGAGACCUACUAAGACUUUGGAACCAACUAACUCCUGAGGUCAGAGAAUCCUAUGGAGAUAAAUACUUUGUUGAGUAUGUCAGAGCUCAAAGAUUUUCAAUGAAAAGAUUGUGCGACUCUGAUAUUUCUAAAGUCAUAAAAUGCAUGGAGCAUGCCUUGAUAGUAAAAUACCCCAGGACACGCUAUGGAUCUGGAUGGGAUGCAAAGUUCUUUUGGCUGCCCCUCUCCUAUGCACCAACCCUUCUAUCUGAUAUGAUGUUGCGUAUGCUGCUUCCAACUCCAACAGCCAGUAGGAAAUCAGUAUCCUGUGUUCCACUUGAUGUUUAAUAUUUAAUACUCUAGGAUCAAGGCUAAAGUGGUGACUGUUAUUCUUUUCAAAAUCAGCUGUUCUCUUUCCUACCUAUAACUAUCUGACUGAUUUAAUUCUCUUCAGAAAGCACUUUGAUUUUUAUUGAGUUUCAGUCUGGAGAAAGUUUUUUGUUAUAUUCAUCAGAGAUAUAUUUGCAGUAUAACAUUCACCUGCAGAGCUGGUCAAAUAGUAUUUAUCAGAUAACACGUUUGGUGACUUUGGACCUUUUAUUUCCCGAAUCAGUCCUGCUAUAUGCAAAUCUAUUCUGCUCUUAAAGUCCAAACGUCAGCCUAUGAAUUAUAUGAUGUUGGUAUGCAAAGUGCAACAUUGUUAAUCCAUAUAUUCUAGUGGGUAGAAUAUACAUGUUCUUUAAGAACACAUUUACUCAAGAAUUGAUACAUCUAUUCAUGUUGAAUAUGGGUAUUUGACUGAAUCAUGCCACUGAAUUUAACAAAGCUGUGAACCUAAAGGCUUAAACUUGAUCAAAUCAAAGUAAACCCCUAGCGUUUAGUUCCAGUGCUCAACUACAUCUAUGUGCCUAUUUACCAUUCAAUAGGCAGCUACUAUAGAGGAGAUAAUACACAGGUUAUUUCAACAAUAUGUAAUAUAAGUGACAAGCAAUCAAAGACAAUUGUUAUCCAUUACCACAAUAUUUAUACAUUACCCUGAUUCCUAAUUUUAGUGUGGUUUUAUCUGAAAGAGAAUACAUACGUACAUGAUGCCUUUUAUCCUGAGGGAUCCCAGGGGGUUUUACAUUUCACCCAAUGCUAAUGUCUGAUGUGAAGCAGAUCAUUUUGUUUAUGGUGUCGUCGAUUAAUAUUACUAUAUGCAAUGCACUAAGCAUAGUAAAAUACGACUUGAGGUUAUAAUGCCUCUUGAGAUUAUAAUGCUAAGUGCACUAUAGGUUUUUUCCCUGAUAAGCCGCUGGUCAGUAGCUGACAUGAUGGUGUGCAUGGUGGUUUGAAAACUGAUAGGGUAAAGGUUUUGUUUACUAGAGUUUUGAGUUGCUGAUUAAUGAUUGAUAUCCAGGUCAAUUAAGUUUACAGAAAUAUCAUAGCAAGUCAGAUUCUACGCUCUACCAAAUGUCUUCAGAGAAAGCAAAUUCAUUUUACCUCAUUUGACGAUAAACACACAUUAAUACAUAUUUUUCCCUGUCUGGUCCAAUGGCCUGAAAGAUCCUCCAUCUGAGAGAAACUAAUGUUAUUUAUCGCCCUAACACUGGCAGAUUACAAAGAGAGAUUGCAAGCUCAUAGAAAACAGACCAUCUUUCAAACAUCAAUCUAGUGUUCAGAAAGGCAACAAGGGAUAGGGAUCGUAAAGCGAAGGAAAUCAGAGAAUAAAGCUGUGAAGAAAAGCCUUAAAGCCUCUGCUGGACUGAGUACCAUAGCUACUCUCCAUUCAUUGACUCAUGGAAGGGAGGAGAAGCCUUUGCUAUACAUUUUACGGGAGAGGAGAGGAAGCCCAAACUGGUGCCCGGGGGUCCCUCUGCCAGAAAAAGAAAGGGUUUUUUAAGCAUUAGCAAACAUAUACACUACGUAAACAGUACAGCCCCGAACAGAGUACAUUUCAUUUGUGUCUGACAACUUACAAAUCUUGUGGAAAAAACAGUUAUAUAUUUAAAGUGAACAUGAGUUUUAGCAGUAGAUUUUCAGUAUGGCUGAAGCUUUAUAUUUGUGGGUAUAAUUUGCAAAAUUGACACCUGCAUUUUUUAUGGGUGCAAAGGGAGGCCAGAUUUGGGAAAUGUAGGCCUUAAUAUCUUCUCUCUCUAAAAAUUCAAGUAUAAGAACUUUGUGGGUCUUUCCUUCAAAAAAAGAAGCCACUUUUUAAAAAACACCUUCCUUUGUAAACUGUUCCCCAGAUUAUACUAGGAACACCUUAAAGUAAAGCACUGGGGUAAAAUGGAGUUACCAACCCAUUAUUUGUUUUACUCAGGUCUGUAACUGCCUGAAUAUUCAUAAAGCACUAACUACACUCCCUAUGUCCUAUUCCACCAUAUACUGAGCUCAGUGUAACGGCUUGGAAAGAGCCUCUUUGAAGUAGUCCCUUCUUUGGUAGUUCCAAAAUACUGAGCAGAGAGAUUAUAACAGAACUAUGUACCUGAAAAGGUUUACCAGUCUGAAGCCAGAUCCUCGCUAGUAUUAACUGGUGUAGCUUAGUUGAAGUCAAUGGAGUUACACCAAUAUAUACCAACCGCCAAUAUGGCCCCUGAUUUUACAGAAUAAGAGAUAUACUGUACAUGUUUACACAGGUUCAUUUGUAAAAUGCAAUUUAUUAUACAACUUUUGUGCAAAAGGCACUGUUCAUAACUUUUCCAGGAUGUAACAAUUCUUAUGUAUUGUUGGAUAUUGCAUUAUUGUUUAAACUGUGAAUAAAAUAUAUCAUAGAAGAGUUGUAAAAAUGAUAUGAUUUACAACAUUCCACGCCAACUUUUGGGGUGAGAUGCACUUACUCACGAAGUUAAAAUUGCAAGCAACUAAUGCAUGAAUGGAGUACAUCUUCUGAAUCACGCUUACGUGCAAAUCUGCACCAACAUUAAAAUCAGUUCCCGCAAUAAGAUCACACCCGCAUGGGUUUCAUGAAUCAAUGGGUACAGCUUAAAACAGAGGGUUUGGCUUGAACAAAAGUGGAUGUGUUUCUCCAAAGCAAAACCUUUGAGUAAGCUGCCUUUCAAACCCAACACAAAAGCUGUGCCAGCUACACCAAUAAUAUUAUUCCAGUUGGAGGCGGAAUAAAGCAGGUGCAGCCAGCUCUAUUUUCCCUUGGCACACAGACACCAGAAAGACAUCCAGGUAAAAGGUCAUAUCGUGAUUCUUGGGCCAGGUAUUUGGCUAGCACUCCCACAAGAACAGGAAUAUUAGGCAAACACUUGGUUCAAGAAGUAAGACACAGCAUAAGGCUGCAGGGAGACAAACCUUGACCCUCGCAAACAUUUGCCUGAACUGGAGGCUUCCAAUGUAUUUAACAAGUGAAGUUUAGCACAGCAAUAGCAAACAUAUGUGUUGGUCUAAGAUCCCAGUUUGGUGCAUGUGGAUUUGAAGUAUCCUAUUACUCUAAUACACCUAUGUUGACCAACACAGUGACAGGCAUUCAUCCUCAUCAGAACAGAGACUACUGGAUAGGAACUCAUGAAGGAUAUUAACAACAGUGUUAGCAGCAUGAUAGCGUAGGCAUUAAUUUGCAUGUAUUUUCUCCAGGGAGGUCUACAAUUACUAGUAUGAUAUGCAUGUUGGAGCAUACAAGCUGAAGUUUGGCCUUCUGUGAUUUACUGGGAUUGGAGAGCUGUACAGCCAGAGCAUAGGCCUGGAAACCAGAAACUUUUCACCUCUAAUCCCAGUAUUGACAUCAACUCCUUCUAUGGCUUCCAACCAGUCAGUCUCUUUGCCCGUUUCACAAUCUGUAACUGUGAAUAAUAGUUUCCUACUUUACAGGAAUAUUGUGAGUAUUAAUAUGUUAAAUGGGAAUGAUUUUCAUCUCAUGCUUUACCAAGGUAUAACUGACUUCAGUAGAAUUCUGAUUUACCCCUCAGUGUGUAACUAGGCUCAAAUGUUUGGAAAGUACUAAGUACUUUUAUUAGUGUU